GUGUGCAGAGGGUAUUACAAACCCAUCCGAUAUGAGCAGAACUAUCGCCGUCUCUAGCGCUGCUCUUUUACCACCCCUAACGGCGGCCCAUCUGUCAAAAUUCUUUCUUUUCGUUGAUUUUUCGACGCCCGCACAAGCAAGAUGAAGCAGAACCCCUUCGUGUCGUCGUCGCGCAGGAAGAACCGCAAGCGCCACUUCCAGGCGCCCUCCCACAUCCGCCGGCGCCUCAUGUCCGCGCCCCUGUCCAAGGAGCUGCGCCAGAAGUACAACGUGCGCUCCAUGCCCAUCCGCCGCGACGAUGAGGUGCAGGUGAUCCGCGGCCACUUCAAGGGCAACCAGGUGGGCAAGGUGGUGCAGUCGUACCGCAAGAAGUUCGUCGUCUACAUCGAGAAGAUCCAGCGCGAGAACGCCAACGGCACCAACGUCUACGUGGGCAUCCACCCCAGCAAGGUGCUGAUCGUCAAGCUGAAGCUCGACAAGGACCGCAAGGCCAUCCUGGAGCGCCGCGGCAAGGGUCGUCUGGCCGCUCUCGGCAAGGACAAGGGCAAGUACACCGAGGAGACCGCCGCCCAGCCCAUGGAGACCGCGUAAAUCGCCGGCUGAGCCUCCUCGCUGGAACCCUGGGACGUCGCUGUUUACUGUUUUUACCGUAACGCUUAGUGUAAACAACAAAACAUCUUAAAAAUCGCGUGUGGAAGCGGCGCCAUUCUUUACAAUAAAGAAACGUUGAUUCUCGCAAAUGGA